AUGGAUACCAAGCCAAGAAUUUAUAAAGAAAAGUUCAAAGUCCCGUUAGACUUGAUGGGAAUAGCCAUUGGUACUGAAGGAGCUAACAUCAAUAAAUCCAGACAUAUUAAAGGAGUAUUGUCUGUUAAUACUAAUAAGACAAAGCGAGGUGGAAACAGUUUCACUGUUGUUGGUGAGUCACCCGAGGCAGUUAAAAAAGCCAGAUCUGUAUUGGAAUUGAGGCAACAGGUUUACACAAUACCAAAACGUUUAGCAGGUAAAUUAAUUGGAAAGUCUGGACAGGCUAUCGAAGAAGUCAUAAAUAGAUCCUUAGUAAACAGAAUUACCAAACACAAGGAAAAUGGUGAUGUAGUCUUGAAUAUUAUUGGGCCUCCAGAAGCAAUAGAAAAUGCUAAACUUUUGUUGAACUAUAAACUGGAUCAGAUUAACAGGAAUAAGCCAUUUCGUACAGAAACAUUCAUGGUCCCUUUGAAUUUGAUAGGACGUACCAUUGGUACCAGAGGAGCCAACAUAAAAAAGGCACAGCAAAUUAGUGGAGUAUUCUCGGUUGAUAAGGAGAAGCAGCCAGGAGGUGAAUGCAGAUUUCGAAUAUUUGGUGAGACACUAGAAGCUGUUAAAAAAGCUAGAUCUAUGUUGGAAUUGAGUCAACAUGCCUAUAGAGUACCAAAACAUUAUAUAGCAGGUCCAGUUAUUGGAAAGUUUGAACAAGCUAUCGAAGAAGUAAUAAAUGAAACCAUAAUCAAAACAAUUACUAAACAUAACAAAAAUAAUGAUGUAAUUUUGACAAUAAUUGGUCCAACAGAAGCCAUAGAUUAUGCUAAAUGUUUGUUGAAAUACAAACUUGAUAAGACUGAGGGUGUCACUUUUAAACGAAAGGAUGAAUAUAGUACAGAGGAAACGGAAAGAUAUGAAGCUGCGGCAAGUGAUGAAUAUAGCUCAGAAGAGAACGAUGGUUAUAGUAUAUUAGAGAAAGAUGGAUAUAAUGUUGAUGAGAGCGACGGAUAUAGUACAGUAGAGAAGGAAGGGUAUAGAACUGAAGAGAAGUAUGCAUAUAAUACAAUAGAGGACGAAGUAUACAGUACAUCAGAGACUGAAAGAUAUCAUACAGUAGAGAUGGAAGAAUAUAUGACUGAAGAGAUUGGUGAAUAUAGAACAACCGUGAAGGACGGAUAUAUGACUGAAGAGAAGGAUGAAUAUAAUACAGAAGAUAAUGCUAGAUAUAUAAGUAAAGAGGCGGAUGGAUGUAGUACUGCAGAGACGGAUGCAAACAGUACAGUAGAGAAGGAAACAGACUUGGUAAUGAAAGAUAAAACCAGAGACAAGGAAGAUACCGAUCGCGAAAGAUGGUUCAUAGAGAAGCAAAUGCCAAGAAGUCAUGAAGGGCAGAAUCCGUUAUGCGCAGGAUCUGAUACAAGGUCAAAGCAACCUACGUAUAACGACUUGCCAAUGCACAUUGCUAAUAGCGCUGUUCAAUCUGAUCCUUCAUUUGGUGUGCAUGCACAAUGCGAAAUUAAAAACAUUUGCUCCAAAAAGAAAAAAAGAAAAACAAAAGUGAAAAAUAAAUUUGUUAAAACAGAUCACGGACAAACAAAACUGACAAACGCAAAAAUACAGGACAAUUAUCUAGGUAAAUAUACCGAGGCAGCCAUACAAGUUAAAGGUAUCAAUGCUGGAUUGAAGGCUGAUAAUCGGCCAGCCUGUGAUGAUGACAAAGGAACUUGCCUGAGCCUGGAUUCACCUAAUAUUUUAUAUGAGAAAGACGAAAUUAUUUUUGAAAGGUGCAAUAGAAACGAGAUUAGUAGAAUCGAUCAAGAACAGCUCUCAGAGUCUCAAAUUACAAAAGACGCAUGGGACAUGUGGGAUUCUGAUGAAGAGCCAAGUAUCAGUACAGAGUUAGAGCAGUUUAAAAUUGACGAGACAAAUACAAGUUAUUGUCUAUGUUAUAGUCAAACCAACCAAUUAUUGUCAGUUAAUGGUGAAGCAGAGACAUCGGUUGGUGGUUGGUGGUGAAAAUAUUCUACUACUUCAGCUUUGGAAAACCAGGUCUAAUCAGUUGACGGUUGUACAGUCUUAACUUUAAAAUACAAAUAAUUUUCAACAUAAAAAGCUUGCUUAUAAUAAUGUAAAAUAAAGAUAGUUUACAUUAAGGAAAAAAAAGUCGGAUAAUGUUUCUUUAGCAUAUAUCAUUUAUUUCUUAUGUAUUUGAUUUUUGCCCUGUAUGUAUUGUUGAUGAAGAUUUAAACCAGUUUUAUAAACUUUUCUUUGGUAGCAAACUGUUAGACUGUGUAUAAUUUAAAGUCAUAUGAAACCUCAAAUUUAAAAAAAA